GGACGGCCUGCAAUACCGACAUUACCGGGAUUCGACGGUUUAGAGGGCGCUAAUUGGCGCCAAACGUCGGGCACGAUCGCUGGCGCCACCGCGCGGACGUGGCGCCAAUUACGUUCAAUGCGCGCGCUUUUUGAAGUUACUGCAAAAAUUUUGGAGUAGAAAUACGGCGAGAAUAGAAUAAAAAAAUAUUACAAAUAUACAUGUAAGUGAACAUGUGAUUUUGAUAUGAUAUGAAAUGCAAAGGAAUUCGGAUUUAAAAUAUGUACUGUUGAAAACAGCCGAAUUAUCAGUAAAGUUUCUAAAUGAAUCCAGACAGCACGAAUUUUCAACAGCUGGGCAUAUCAUUAGGAUAUUCUUUGAACGUCUUUAGGAUAUCUCUUGGGAAUUUAUGCUGUAUGGGAAGCGUUGAUUCGUUUUAAUUAAUCCGCUUCGGAAAUUUACUUUCCAUCAUGAUUUUUUAGUUAUUCCAGACAGCAUAAAUUUGUAAAAGACGUCUUAAUGAUAUUUGAGAAAGUUUAGAUUUUUUUAAAUGAAAUACUGAAUAUACUACUCUUAAUCUUUUAGACGUUAUUUAAAAGUUUGCGCUGUCUAGAUCAUAUUUCGUUAUUCGUUUGUUAAAUAAAAUACUUCGGCGACAUCAAUCGAUUGCAUGCAACAAAAGAUAUUCAAGUAACGAGUACAUAUUUUUCGGCGUUUUCGCGUCACAGUUAAAUGCUGAAAAUUUUAUGUUGAGAACUUUUCGCUCGAAGUUUUAUGCAAAGAGACGAGUACUCGUUAACCAUGGAUCUACAUGACGUGCCUCCGAUGUGGUGGGAAGCGGAUUGCGUAAGAUACGGGAUCAGUUAUACACCCGUGAAAUCACGACUGACGACUGUGAUGGGUGACCACGUGGUGCGACUAACGGAUCGCGAGUACAUGACGCGACUCGCGAAGAAGUUACAGGAGGAUCACGAAGCGCGGCAGAAAGCUCGCAUCGAGCGGAUGAAAUUGAAGCAGACUUCGAUCGUGCCGGAAUUGAGCGCCUUGCCCGAAUCGUUACUGCGAGAAAUGCCUCAAUUACGACGACGACGACGACGGCUACAGGGCUGGUGCGCACCGAAACUUCACGUGGAGGCAGCCAAAAUGUGCAAGCAACUGCCGGAGCUUUUGCUGGCGGACGAUUCGCAGCUCGAGGCGAAUCUUGUGGACGCGGAAUAGUUCCCAUUCAAACUCCUCUUCUUUCUUUUGACACAAGAUUGAGUACAAACGUGUAAAAAUAUAAAAUCUCGGCGCAGUUCCGAAAAGUCUAAUGUCAAACAUAUUCUUGUAAUAAAUAAUAAAUCAACAGUAGAUUUGUACGUCACACAAGUGUUCUUAGCCUAAUAUUAAAUAAAAACAAAUG